GGGACGCCUAUUCCCACGGACCGCCGCUGCAGAAUGCCCUGCAGCUGCCGAAAUCCAGGGCGCAGGUACUGGAACAACUGACUCGGUCGCCACAUGGUUCGCAGAGGAUGGGAUGUAGAGGAGGCAAGGACAAGGGUGUCAACAUGUCGAAUCGGACCCAAUUCACCGCCAGUGUCCAAUUUUCAUCCAUCCUGGAGCGACCCAGAAGUCCAAGACACCGCUGCGUGUUCCUAUCCUUCCAAGACUGGGGGAAACGUGUCUGAAAGCCCACAAAUGGCCGUCGCGAUGCUGAGCCGGCAAAAGUCAGGAGCACAGGAAGAACAAGGAACAUCUGCAAAGGCGAAAAUACCGCUACUGAAAGAGGGCCUGAUUGCGCCCCCAUCUGCCAUCGGUUGCGGGGUACCGACUAUAUCUGGAAGCGCAGCAAGUGGAUCUGCUUACUCUGCACCAACAUGGAUCGUCUCUGUCAGGAUGUCCGGACACGCGGAUAAAAUGUAUCGUCAUGAAGCGCUUCGUUGUGUCUAUUUGAUAUCAUCAAAGGAAAAACAUCAUUCGUAACAGAAAAUCAUGAUGCCGGACCCCUUGUCCAUGCAGUACCCCAUUACUAGUUCAGACAGUUGCUCCUGCAGCCUGUCAGACACGGAAGGUUAUCCGUUGACCCCGCCCGAGCAAUCAUCCACGGGAGGCUCAACUACCUCCGCAAAAGGAAGCGCACCUUUCCUCCGAGGCCGGCCUCGUCAAAUCACCCAACGCCAAUAUUAUGCGGAAUCUCUUCAUGCCUGAGACUUGAGCUCGGCCUCUAGUGAUUCGUGGUCUUUCUCUGUCUUCGCCACAGCGAAUUC